CACAUAGUUUCAAAGGUCUUCCACUUACCACCACCUCCAGAGGAAGCAAAAUGAUCGAACCCAUCGGGAAUCAGUAUGUGGUGGCCAGGCCAGUGUACUCGUUAAACACUUUUGGAGAAAAACAUAAGAAGAAACACAGACAUCACAAGUCAUUUCUAGAUCAUCUCAAACUGUGUUGUAGGUGUUCCACGCAAAAAGUCAAGAGAAUUGCUCUGUCUUUAUUCCCCGUAGCAUCUUGGUUACCUACAUACCGCAUAAAGGAAUGGUUGCUCAGCGACAUUGUUUCUGGAAUCAGCACGGGGUUGGUGGCUGUACUUCAAGGUUUAGCAUUUGCUCUGCUGGUCAACAUCCCUCCACGCUAUGGGUUGUAUGCAGCCUUUUUCCCAGUCAUAAGUUACUUUUUCUUGGGCACUUCAAGACACAUAUCUGUGGGUCCAUUUCCAGUUCUGAGUAUGAUGGUCGGGGCAGUAGUUACAAGAAUGAUCCCAGAAGCAAGUAGCAAUAUGGAAUUUACUGGUGGCUCAAUGAGUAAUGAGUCAUUACUGGAGGAGAAGAAGAUAUUGGUGGCUGCAUCUGUCACAGUCCUUUCUGGCAUCAUCCAGUUGGCUCUGGGAGUCCUGCAGAUUGGCUUUGUUGUCAUCUACCUAUCUGAGUCCCUAAUCAGUGGCUUCACUACUGCGGCAGCCAUUCAUGUUUUAGUUUCUCAACUCAAAUUCAUGCUGCAGCUGACAGUCCCACCACACACCGACCCAUUCUCAAUUUUCAAAGUUCUAGAAUCUGUAUUCACCCAAAUACAGAAAACGAAUAUUGCAGACCUUGUUACGUCCGUGAUUAUCCUGUUGGUUGUAUUUGUGGUUAAAGAAAUAAACCAGUGCUACAAAAGCAAACUCCCAGUGCCUAUUCCCAUCGAACUCAUCAUGACCGUCAUCGCAACAGGUGUAUCCUACGGCUUUGAUUUUGAACACAGGUUUAAUGUGUCUGUGGUUGGGGAGAUGAAAAGUGGAUUUCAUCCCCCUAUUACACCUGAUGUGCAGGUUUUCCAAGACACCAUCGGAGACUGCUUUGGCAUCGCCAUUGUGGCCUUUGCAGUGGCCUUCUCGGUAGCCAGCGUGUAUUCUCUCAAGUAUGAUUAUCCGAUUGAUGGCAAUCAGGAGUUAAUAGCAUUGGGAGUGAAUAAUAUCUUCACUGGGUCAUUCCAAGGAUUUGCAGGGAGCACAGCCCUCUCCAGAUCAGGGGUUCAGGAGAGCACUGGAGGGAAGACACAGGUUGCUGGGCUUGUCUCCGCUGUGAUUGUGCUGAUUGUCAUUGUAGCCAUUGGAUUUCUUCUGCAACCACUACAAAAGUCUGUCCUGGCCGCUUUGGCACUUGGAAACUUAAAGGGAAUGCUGAUGCAGUUUGCUGAAAUAGGCAGAUUAUGGCGAAAAGAUAAAUAUGAUUGUUUAAUUUGGAUCAUGACCUUCAUCUUUGCCAUUGUCCUGGGACUUGGCUUAGGCCUGGCAGCAAGCGUGGCAUUUCAGCUCCUGACCAUCGUGUUCAGAACCCAAUUUCCAAAAUGCAGUACCCUAGCCAACAUUGGGAGGAGCAACAUUUAUAAGAACAAAAAGGAUUAUUCUGAUAUGUAUGAGCCAGAAGGAGUGAAAAUUUUCAGAUGUCCAUCUCCAAUCUACUUUGCAAAUAUUGGUUUCUUUAAGCAGAAACUUACUGAUGCUGUUGGGUUUAGUCCUCAUCGGAUUUUACGCAAGCGCAACAAAGCUCUGAAGAAAAUCCGAAAACUACAGAAGCGAGGCCUGCUGCAAGUGACACCUAAGGGCUUCAUAUGCACUGCUGAAGGCUUAAAAGAUUCUGAUGAGGAGCUUGACAACAAUCAGAUAGAAGAACUGGACCAGCCGAUCAAUACUACAGACCUGCCCUUUGAGAUAGACUGGAAUGCUGACCUUCCACUCAAUAUCGUGGUCCCCAAAAUCAGCCUCCACAGCCUCAUUCUUGAUUUCUCAGCAGUGUCCUUUCUUGAUGUUUCAUCAAUGAGGGGUCUUAAAACGAUUUUACAAGAAUUUAUCAGGAUCAAGGUAGACGUGUAUAUUGUUGGAAGCGACGAUGAUUUCAUUGAGAAGCUUACCCGGUGUGAAUUUUUUGAUGAUGAAGUCACGGACUCAAUAUUUUUCUUAACAAUCCAUGAUGCUGUUUUGCAUAUUCUGAUGAAGAAAGAUUAUAGUACUUCAAAGUUUAAUUCCAGCCAGGAAAAAGAAACAAAAUUUGACUUUACCAUAAACACAAACGGAGGAUUACGUAAUCGAGAAUGUCAGGUACCAGUGGAAACGAAAUUCUAAUCAAAAUUUAACUCAGAAGGAUCCUCGUCUGACAGUCACAUCAAGAACUUUAUACUUAGAAAGUUAUUGAUAAGUUCAUACAUUGUAUGAAGAAUAUUUUUGACAGAAUUAUGUUUCAAACUUUGGAACGAGAUUGUUCUAGCAUGGUAUAUUUUUCACACAUUUAG